AACAAAGUCUCAAAAAUGGCUGUUGUUGUUAGUAAGGUGUUUUGUUCAAAUUCUGAGGUAGUUCUUGUAGUAAGAAGUCGUCCACAUGUUGUGAAUGGUGGUGGAUUUAUAGUCACAAAUAAUUGUACACAAAAUGUUGUUUUCAAAGUUGAUGGAUGUGGAAUUCUUGGUAAAAAAGAUGAAAUGAUUCUAAGAGAUAGUGAUGGACAUGAUUUGCUUCUUAUUAGGAAAAAGGGAGGAGUAAUUGAAGCACUAAGCAUGCAAAAGAAAUGGAGGGGUUAUAGUAAAGACUUUGAAGGUUCUGAAAAAUUGGUGUUUUGCUUGAAAGAGCCAAAUAAUUCUUGUUUCUUCAAGAAAAUGCCAAUCAAGAUUUCAAUUGAAUCAAAUGACUACAAAAAUCAAAAGAAUUUUCAGAUUGCUGGAUAUUUUCCUGAUAGAGCUUGUAGUAUUAUUGACUCCCAUGGCAAUGUUGUUGCAAAGGUUGGAGCUAGGAAAGAGGAACAACAAGUGAUGCCAAGCAAAGAUGUGUACACUUUGACUAUUAAGGCAGGAAUAGAUCAAGCCUUUGUUGUUGGAGUUAUUGCUAUUCUUGAUUACAUAUAUGAUGGAUCUACAAGGUGCUAAUUAAUUAAUCCUUUUUUUUCUUCUAUAUAUGUAAUGGCAAAGAAGAAAAUGGUCACCACUUAUUA